AUGGUACACAAGAUCCGGCGGGUUGAGGUGGCGACGGGAGAGGUGACGAGUAUCGCGGGCAGCGGCGGUGGUGGCGACGUGGAUGGCGUGGGCGACGCGGCGCAGUUCUACAAUCCAGCUGGCCUCGCCAUCAGCCCAGACGGCGGCGCGCUGUUUGUGGCGGACCAAUGCAGCCACAAGAUCCGGCGGGUUGAGGUGGCGACGGGCGCUGUGACAACGGUCGCGGGCAGCGGCGAGAAUGGCGACGCGGAUGGCGUGGGCGACGCGGCGCAGUUCUGCGGCCCAACUGGCAUCGCUGUCAUCCCAGACGGCGGCGCGCUGUUUGUGGCGGACCUCGACAACCACAAGAUCCGGCGGGUUGAGGUGGCGACUGGCGCGGUGACCACGCUCGCGGGCAGUGGCACAGAGGGCAGCGCUGACGGCGUGGGCGACGCGGCGGGGUUCGCCAGCCCAGAAGAAGUCGCCAUCAGCUCCGACGGCAGCACGCUGUCGGUCGGUUCGGAAGGUGGCCUCCGCCAGGUCUGCGUGGCGGCGCCUCCUCCGCCUCCCUCCUUUGCCCCGAUCGUCGUUCCGCCCUCCACCUUCUCCGCCGACAUGGGCAAGAUGUGCGGCGACGCCACCCUGCCAGAGGGCAAAGUCACCUUCCUGGUCGGCGACCAUUUGGAGAGAUACGAGCACGUCAGCAAGAACAUGCUCUGCGUUCGCUCUAAUGGCCAGGAUCAGUAG